UGGGUGACCUGCUCAACCUUGUUCCCAAGCGGCACCCCACCGCUGCAGUCAAAUGUGUGAUGACUCAACGGUGCAGCAGUUCUCGUGUGUCGACGAGGGGCUGAUCAGUGUCGCACUCCAUUGUCUCAAUGCGUUCGCAUUGAGACAGGGAGAAGGCACAGAUUGUCUCUCAAGAAGGAAAUUGCGAUCCCGCAUCUGAAUCCGGGAACAGAGAAUUCUGCUCGUUCGGCCUUUCUCUGCCAUCCCGCCUCUCCUUCGCCUGGGCUUCGUGCUCCGCGAGUUUCCCUGUGGAAGCGCACACUUUUCAAUUUGCUCGUCUCCUGAACUCGACUUUCGCACGUAUCGGAAAGCUCAGGAGUAAAUAGCAUCUUCUUGCAGUCCGAGUACAUUUAUUUCAGUAAUUGGGCAGAAGGCUUCAUUCGAGCGUGAUGACGGGAUGAGAGACGCAAGGAGCAAGCUUUAGAGCGGGCGCUGAAAGCAGCUUGACAAAGCGAAAAAUUUGCUUUUUGGUUCUCUGGACAAAGCGACCUGAAUUGCCAUAUUUUGAGUACACAGAAAGAGAUGGCAGCCCAUUCUUGGAUUCCUGGAAAUGUAGUUGGAUGGCCACCAGCUCUGAGUCUUCACACCCGUCUUCUUGGAUUUGUGAGAACUGUCCUUCUACGCCAAAUGGUAGAACCGGGAAAUGUAGUAUGCGACCUCUUCUGCGGCCGCGGACUCGAUACGGAGAGAUGGGCCGAAUCCGGAAUUGGACGGUAUAUCGGUGUUGACCUAUCGGCAUCUGCUUUAGAAGAGGCCCGAGAGCAGUGGGAACAGCAGGAAAAACCGUUUCCAGCACACUUCUGUGAGCUCGAUCCGUGCAUGGUCGAUCUCCAAGAUCAGCUUCAGGACUAUGGCUUGCCCGCAGACGUCGUUUGCUGUUUCUCACAUUUGCAAGAUUGUUUCACGAGUGAAGAUAUGGUCCGACGCCUUCUGAAGAAUGUAUCCGCGGUUUUAAAAUCUGGGGGCUAUUUUUUUGGAACAUGCCCCGACUCUUCCACCAUUUGGUACAAGUACCAGAAAGCAGUGGAGGGAGCCAUAAAAGCUGGCGUCUUGAGACUAAGCCACUUAGACGGCCCACUACCCUGCGUGCGCACUGAUAUAUACAAAAUAAGCUUCGAGGACGACAGGUUCUACUCUUUCGGAUCAAAAUACUUCUUGCGAUUUUCUGAUGAUGGUCUUCCACCCCAACCUCAAAUACUUGUACAUUUUCCUAGUCUUAUGAGGCUGGCCAAAGAGUUCGAUUUGGAGUGCGUGGAAUUGCGGAAUUUAAACGAGUUUUAUGAAGACCUUCAUGGUCGUUUCGAUGCUGAAUUACGGAGCAGCUGCGGGCCAAGAGGGUACCCUGUGCUUGAUGCCAGAGGGCGUCUGAACGCUCAGGCUCUGGAUGUUCUGAGCUUGUACACUACGGUCGUUUUUAGGAAGACGCGUCCGGCUCCUGAAUUUCUUCCGUUAUCACCACAGACCGAGGACUGUCGGAAGUCAUUAGGUGCAGAAACCACUCUCUCCGUGUACACGAGACGAAAAGCAGAACAUGUCCCCGAGCAUACCGAUGCGAUAAUACCAAUCGGGAUUGACAGCUCGAAAGACGAUGAAAACGAAAAGCCCUGCGAGGGCGGACGUCAAGGCAGUGACAGUUCCGAAACUCAUACCUACGUCGGUGCUGAUGGUGUGAUCUGGCCCGAUGAUGUAGACGAGUGUUCGGGGUAUGCGCGAGGCUGAUUUGGGGGAGAAAAGAGAAUCCAUCGACGAGCAUCCGGAUGGUUCCAGUGUUCAUAGACCCCAUGCACCCAAAAACGUAUUCAACGGAAAGUACUACACGCGAUCCGCUGGGUUGCGAGAACACCGGGCUGCUCAAAUGGCGAGCGCUCAUGUGGCAAAUGUUGACAAGAGUUGCAAACCUGCUCAAGCAUGCAGGCACGAAAGUGAGCCUAUGCACGAUAUUAUUUGAAGACAUUCGUCUUUUUGAAGACAUUUCAUCUGGCGUCUCUUUUCAGUCCCUCCGAUGUUUCUCGGUAUGCAGAGCUGGGAAAUCCGAAAUCCAUGUACAUAUGUUUUUUGGCUUUUCAGCCAAUUCUAUGGAGGUGUUAGACAGUGUUGACAAGUUCGACAUCAAUAGAGGAAGUCAUUUUUGACGCACUGGCUCUCAGGAUCACAUGAACUCCGUGACCUUUCAGUCGUGCCCACACUUGUUAUUGAUCACAAUCAAUUGUUUGUAUAGAGUGACUUCUCGGAAAGAGAAAUUAUGCCUUUCAAGACGACGAGCUGAAUUAAGCCCCUUCGAUAAUUCAGUACAGUGCGGGGCAAGCGUAGCGAACUCCAACUUUCAGAUUGGAACCUUCCAUUUCUGUUUUCGAUGAACUGAAUACGUGCACUUGAUCCAGAUACCGAGCAUAGAUCCUGCAUAUCGAGUUUGUAGACUUUGAACUCGGUGGGUCCUCUAAAUCUGAGAGAAUAGUGUGAAAGUGCUAGGAUCCACCAUUCUUCUAUACCAUAUUUCAGACUGGAGACAUGGCGUCUUAGGAUCCAUCUGACGCCAUGCGGUGCCUGGAAGCAACCGGGUCCGAGUACGAGAGAGUGAGACCAGGGGAGAGACUCCAACACAGGACUUGAUCAUAUCCUGGCACUGGUGCUACCAUCGGAUUCCACCACCUUGAAAGAGAUGCUAUUCUUAUGUAAUGUCUUCAUCCUUUUUAAGAGGCAAUUACCAUACUUGAUGAUCUGUGGCAUAUUGUCGAACCUGCUACUACAUUAUGCUCCGGCCUGCUUAGUUUAGUCGGGUGCCUAAAUUACCUAAGUUAGAUUAAUUUAGUCGCACGAGUAGGCCUUUGUUUAGGCUUAGUUUAGACGGUGGGAAAUGUGAGUUUUCUGAAGCAUUUAGAGUGCAUAAAAUGGAGCCAUGUGCAAUGUGCACCUUGAGUUCAAUUCCUACCUGGCCUUUAUUCAGGUUUUGAAUCACA